AUGGGUCUUACUCCACAACAAGUAAAAUUUUGGUUCCAGGAUAGUAGAGUUGAAGUUAAGGCCAUAGAAAAGCAUAAUGAGACUUCAAACAUGAAAACCGAAAUGGAGAAGGUGAUGGGUAGCAGUCUCCGGCGGAGCGAGGAUGCUCCGACGUCGGUAGCAACAGGGAGUCUCCGGCAGAGCCCGGUUGCGCCGGCGACUACUCCGGCGAGCAGGGGUCAUUUGGGAAAAGGUAAGGAAAUUGUUAUCGGUGAACAGAGCAGGGAAGCGGUGGAGACAAGCAAUGGAAAAGCAGCAACGGCUAGAAUUGUGUCGGACGAGGAAGAGGAUUAUGACGUCAUGGAAGCCGCCGGCAGGAAGAGGAAAAGGGCUCACCGUCACAGUGCCGACCAAAUCAGAGCAAUGGAGAUUCUGUAUAGCGAAUCGUGUCAUCCUAGUGAGUCACAGAGACAAGAACUGAGUAAUCGAACGGGGCUGACUUCACAACAAGUGAAAUUUUGGUUCCAAAAUCGAAGAACCCAAUCUAAGGCCCAAUAUGAACGUAGUGAAAUUUCAUCAAUGAGAAAUGAAAUGGAGUCUUUGAGGGGAGAAAACAAAUUGCUUAAAGAUCGUAUUAAGAAAAAUCUUUGCUUUAAUUGUGGAUUUCCCAAUGUUAAUCAUCAUUCAUUGGCACACGAAAACGAGUUACUCAUCAUGAAAGAGAUCGAAAAGAUAAGAUCCGGUGUAGAUUUAUCAACAUUGGUGCCUGCUAGCACGACAUCGUGUUUGUUAGGAACAGAGGCGCCAAAGGUUAUGGAACUUGUGGUUCAAGCUACGGAAGAGUUGGUUAGACUGGCAAUGUUGAAAGAAUCUGAUUGGUUGCUCUUUACAAAAGGUGGUAGUGAAAUAGCAAAUGAUGAUAUGUUCGCGAUCAUGAACUCGAGAAAUGAUAGUGAAAUGAGAGUUAACAUUUCGAGGGAGACUUUUAAUGUCUUUGUAGACAUCAAUAGCUUGGUUGACUGCUUCAUGGAUGUGAAUCAAUGGAAAGACAUGUUUCCUAGCAUAAUAUCAAAAGCAUUAACAGUUGAUGUUAUUUGCCAAGGAGAGGGGCCUAACAGAAAUGGUGCUGCUCAGAUGAUGGUAGCAGAAUUUAAGAUGUUAAGUCCUAUUCCAGUGAAAGAUAUGAACUUCAUUCGACAUUGCAGAAGAUUGAAUCCCAAGAAGUGGGUAAUAGUCAAUUUCACUAUCAACGAUAAUCUGAAUAUUUUCGCAUCUGAACUUAGUAAGCAUCCAUCGGGUUGCAUCAUCGAGGAUAUUUCGGAGGGUCAUUGCAAGGUGACAUGGAUAGAACAUUCGAACUCUGAACUAUUCAUCCCAACCAAUUAUCCGUUAAUUGUUAACGCUGCUUUCAGCGCUAGGCAUUGGGCUACGGCGCUACAACAACAAUGCGAACAAUACUUCUAUAUCAUGGCCAGGGCAACUACCCCUUAUGAGUCAAAUGUUCAUGAAAAUGGUGGAGGACUUGUAUCAACCAUGAUGGAUAGGACAAAUACAAUGUUAUUGGCGCAAAAAAUGACGGUUAAUUUCAACCGCUCGAUUGCUGCAUCGAAUUUAUACAAAUUCGUUAAGUCAACAAGCAACGACGAAGAUGAAAUUAGGGUUUCCUAUAAGAGGAACUUAAAUGAUCCCGGGGAACCUAUUGGCUUGAUCAUUUGUGCGGUUACAUCUGUAUGGUUGCCUAUUUCUCGACUUGCCUUACUAGAUUACCUUGGAGACGCGAGUCAUAGACACGAGUGGGAUCUUAUGAUGAAUGGGAAAGCUCAAUCCAUGGUAACCUUUCCCAAGGGAUCUAAGUAUGGAAACUCUGUCACAAUCCAAGGGAUUGAGGGAAUAGACGACACGAAGAUACUACAAGAUAGCUCUUCAAAUGAUUUUGAAUCGAUGUUAGUUUUUUCAUCGGUGAGCAUGUCUUCGCUGCAAUCCAACUACACGGGGGAAGUGGCGUUGCUUUCCUCGGGGUUUUCGAUUCUUCGAAAUGGGAUGGAUUCGAAGGAGCUGGUGCUGGCCGAUGGUUCGAGGGAACGGGAGCAUUUGACUAAACCGGGAGAAUUCGAAAAGGAAGGAAGAAAGGGAUGUCUUGUAACCCUAGCUUUUCAACUCAUGGCUAGCUCUUCUCCAAUGGAUGAGCUAAGUGUGGAAUCAGUGGCGUAUGUUUGUAGGCUUGUUUCGUUCACAUUGAGGAACAUUAAGGAUGCCUUCAAGUGUGAGUGA